AUGGAUGAAGACAACAAGUCACCAGCUUGCGUGCCUGAUAAGAUUGGAGAAACAACUCCAUUCUCUGUGGAAAAAUCAACGUUAGGGAUUGAUCCCUCAGGAAAAAUGGAAGACAUUAGUCCUAGUGUUAGUGACAUCCAUGCCAACGAUACGAAUGGCUCGCACGAGAACACAGUUGCAGCAGAAGAGAAAUCUGGCGACAAAAACUUGGGCCGCAGGCAAAUUGCUGAAGGUUCACAAAGUAUUCAUGAGAAUGAAGUUGAGACAGUUGGUCCUACGAAAGUUGCAAGAGAAGGGAAAAACUCUCCUAUUAAGAGAGCAAAAUCUGGUGGAGAUCCAAUACUUAUACCCAUAGUGCUGAAGAUGGCUGAAUUUGAUCAUAAGGCAUUACUUGAGGAAUGGAUCUCUGCUCGUAUACCUAGAGAUAAAUACCAAGUCAAGGACAAAGAAAGGCUCAUUGCCAAUUUAAAAACUCUCCAGGACUAUCUCAUCUCUGCUCUUUCACUUCACAGGGUCUGA